CACGACAUUCGCCAGUCCACGUAUGAACCUUCCGUCAUGCUACAGGACCAGCGUUAUACGUUGGUCGGUUUUUCAAAGCAACUGGACUGGAGACCCCUGCACUUUGUCGAACCUAUUCCUGCAUACAAAAUAUGCGAUGCGUGUGGUCUGCUACCCAGAGUGACCGUAUUUCUUCCCUGUCGACACGUGCUAUGCAAAUCAUGCUAUGAACAGUGCCUUCUCGACAACGGACACGCCUGUCCACUCGACGGUGAACAGUUUCUGGAAGGAGACACCCAGUGGGGAGACUUUCCCUUGGAGAAACUGCUGUCUCGAAAGGUAAAGUGCUGGAAUGAAGACAAUGACUGUGAGGUGGUCAUGGCUGCUUCAGAGAUACACAAGCACUUUUAUGAAGACUGUGUCCACCACUCUACCCACUGUCCGAAAUGCUCAGCGAUCGUUCUGUGCCAAAACAUGUGUGCGCACAGGAGAAGUGAUUGCCGCACGUAUGCAGCACCCAAGAUGGCCCAACACUUGCAGCCACGGAAUGACUCCGUUCAGGAAGGAGUGCUUGUGGCUUUCGAGAAAAUACUAGAAGAACGAGUAGGAGAACUGAGAUCUGGCCUUGAUAAAGUUGUACGUGACAGCAGCGACCACUGGGAUAGGUUAAACGAGUUCUCACACAUUAUGAAUGCCUUGAGAGAGAAAGUGAUACAGUCGUUGGAAAAGCAAUCGCGUGCAACUGAUGAGAAUAUUUCCUCAGAUAAAGAUAGAAUCGCAGCCGUUAAAGACCUUAAAGAAGGCUUGGUCGAACAUGGUGACAGGCGUUCACGUCUAAGCACUUUGAGUGAGGAAGUUAAAACAGUAGUAGAACAAGCAACAAGGCAAUAUCUCGAAACAUUCGAGCAGACGAAUGCUGAAUUAAAGCGACAUUCUGCUACCCAUGGCGGCCUACUGCAGGAAGUUUCUCAAGCUGUGAACUCCUUUGAGGUUAUUCUUGGGAAAGCGCUGGAGCGUGCAACAGAGACGAUCUUCCAGAAGUGCGCGACAAACGCUGAACGCAUAGUUGCAUCAAAGGCCGCUGAGACGGAAAGCGGGCAAAGUUCAUCAGAUGUGAAAAAAGAUCUCCUCGGACACAACACGCUAAAAGUUACAUGUUACGAGUUUUGUGUCAAGGGAGUGGAAUCAUUGAAAGAAAGGGCAAGGUCACAAGGCUCCGCAGCCUAUUACAGCGAUCCCAUCUACUUGUGCGGCUAUUACAUCUGUGCAGGAGUGUAUCUGAAGAAAAAUGAGAGCUCGGUGUUUUUGCACGGGCUUUAUCGCAUGCACAAGGGAGUGAUCGACGAAUUUCUUCAGUGGCCCUUCAAUAAUAACCUCAAGAUUGCUUUCAAGGAUUUGUCCAAACGUAGUAGCCGCGAGUUUUUGAGUGGCCCUGGUCAGAGUCUCAAAUUUUAUGGCAGGCCGACAGAAUCGAUGAAUGCGGCCGGCCAUUUUUACCAUGGAUGUGACAUUGAAGAUCUCGAACGUGAAGGUUAUGUGCAGGACGACGAGCUCUGGGUAAAAUUCGAGAUUGUACCUAUGACGCCGGACUAAAACAACCGCAGGUAUUCUCGGCCUUGCUGUAGCGUAUGACACGAGAGGCAACUAUAGCAUUUACUAUUGUUGUUUGUGAAUUGGGUGAAAGUUGCUGUGUAAAAAUCUGGAAUUUGAAUA